AUGUCGGAACGUCAGCAGUUCCCUGUCUAUCCCAAACCAGUUUGGCCCGCUGGCAAGAAACAUGAUUACCAGCCUGUUGAUACAAUCACCCAUGCGGCUAAGGUCACACUCUGCUCCGGCCUGAUUCUGGGUGGAAUGCACUUCAGAAGAAUGCUACAGCAUAGAAAGGGGUCUGCCAGACCAAGUCAUGCCAGAUACUUGGCCCUGUUCGAGCUCCAGAGACAUCAUUUCAUUUCUGCACCAUUGGCGGCUGGAACGUACGUGUUUGUUUCUGACUCGCUAUAUAACAUCAACGAAGAAACGAGAGCUUCUGCCGAGGUUGCAGCUGUUUCGUCUGCCUUUUUCGUGGCAUCGAUGUUCAAGUCAAUGCCAAUGAAUGCAAGGAUUGGAAUCAGUCUUGGUUAUGGACUGGCUACCGGGCUGUUUUUCUGGGCUGGAAAAUGGGGUUUGGGUGAGGCCAGUUUGCAUGCAACCAGAAGUAGGGGUGAGGUCCAUGACCAGGAAUCUAAUAAGUCUUUAGAUUCUGAAACCGAAAUGGGCAAGUAUAGGAAACAAGGCUUCUGGGAAACGAUGUACAGAAGACCUCUAUCCCAAACAGUUGAUGAGCUUGGUGAAGGAAGAGGAAUAGUCAAGCUAUGA